AUGGUGGUUGUCGAGGAUGUGGGAAGUAAAGAAGAGAAAAUGAUUGUUGGAAAAGGGCUUGAAGAAAUAGUAGUUGCCAAGAAGUGGUUGUAUCAGGGAGGUGUUGGUGUUCGUUGUUGA